UGGGCGGGGCGCAGUUGCGGGAGGGUGCAGAGACCUGAGAGCUUGAGGUUGUCCGGCCGGCUCAGCUCCUGGAGGCUGGUGCUGCGCUGUCGCCCAGACAGCUGGGGUCUCUGGUGGCGUCUGAGGGUCCCACUGUCAGCGCGGACACCCCUGCUCCAGCCAGAGGCGAGGCCCGGGCCGAGGUCUGGGCGCAGCUGGGGCAGGUCUUGAGAGGUCCGGCGGUGCGGGCAGAGUCCGGGCACCGCGGCGCUUGGCGCCGCUCGCUGGUGGUCAUUUCUCCUGCGGGCGUCCUCGGGCCGCUGGUGGCCGCGCGCCCGCGCCAUGGUUGACGUUCUGGGCGGGCGGCACCUGGUGACCUGCAAGGGCGCGGCGGUGGAGGCCGAGGUGGCGCUGCAGAACAAGGUGGUGGCGCUGUACUUCGCGGCGGCUCGGUGCGCUCCCAGCCGCGACUUCACGCCGCUGCUCUGCGACUUCUACACGGCGCUGGUGGCCGAGGCGCGGCGGCCCGCACCCUUCGAAGUGGUCUUCGUGUCGGCCGACGGCAGCGCCCAGGAGAUGCUGGACUUCAUGCGCGAGUUGCAUGGCGCCUGGCUGGCGCUGCCCUUCCACGACCCCUACCGACACAAGCUGAGGGAGAGGUACAACGUCACAGCGAUCCCCAAACUUGUGAUUGUGAAACAAAAUGGGGAGGUCAUCACCAACAAAGGGCGGAAGCAGAUCCGGGAGCGGGGGCUGACCUGCUUGCAGAACUGGCUGGAGGCGGCCGACGUCUUCCAGAACUUCUCCGGUUGAAGUGGGAGGGACCUCAGAGGGCCAGGACAGGUCCUGUUUCUCUACCACAGACGCUGGGCAAAGAAGAGCAUGCUGGGUUCCUUCCUCUGCUGGUGUGAUUCCAUUGUAUUUCAGAGCAGAAGCACUAAGCUGUGGUAGACAGCAGCUAUUGCUCAGGAAAUAAUGCACUCCUUAUUUUGUUCAUGCAGCUUGUUUGUAUUAUAGUGAUUUUUGUUACUCUUAGCAUAUCUUUAUCCACCUGUGCUUAAGGAAGGAUCCUCGUAUGUUCAUACUGAGCUGUUGGAAAUCUAUGCAAGACAUUUAUUUGUACAAGUCUUUUCAGGUCAAAUAAUAUAUUUACUGAUAACAUUUUCUGGUGAUCUGUUUAUUUUAAUGAUAUACUUUCAUAAUUAUCUUAAUAAACUUUGCAAGCUGUGUGCUUUAA